AUGGACAGAGCAGAAAGCUAUCUAGCACUCGACGGAUAUCUACUUGAGCGCAAAGAAAAUGGAGAAUAUAAAGUCGCGUCAUGGCAGAGAGUUAAACGACGCAUGUCCAAACAACAACAAGAUCGGUUCAAGAACUACGAAUUCAUAGAAGUUGAAAGAUACAAAGAUUAUGACACGGAUCUUUUCCCAUGUAAUUCUGGAGCUCUAUUUGAGUUGGUAGCGAACGAGAUCCACUUCUUUUACGUCGAUCCUGCUAGUAGCGUGAAGAAGGUUACCACCACUAGAACAAAGUCUCAACUUUCUAAAAGUGCGGUACGCGAGAACGUUGUGCCUAUUGUAUUCAAAGGAAACAAGAAAAGUACCUCUAUCUGGAGUAUGACGACGCUGAAGUCAGCCGUCAGCUGGGAGAGGAGAGGUGGAGCCUUAAAGUUGAAGAGGAGAGCCAGGAACUCAUGCUCGCAACUGAGCGGUGUAACAACGUGGUGUACAAACAUCUUGGUGCAGACCUGCUUGUGUUUUGCGAGAGGGAUUUGCAAGCACUACGUCGUUUCCACGCAUUCAGAGGUGAGUACAACGCCACAUGCAAGCGUGUGUGCCACGCUGUGUACAAAAUGUCAAGAGAUCGCAAAAUGCUGCGCUAUAGAGCAACAAGGACUUUUCGAAGGCCUCAGGCAGGCGAGUCACUUCUCAAGACGCUGCAGGAAAAAGGCAUCAACACAUAUUCACUCUACUUUGCGCCUUUUCUCUAUAUGAUUCUCAACAUUAGAGAAUUUCCUCUUUUAAUGGGGUGUUUUGACGACGAGGAUGACGUGUACGACGAAGUCGAGCUUCGGGAUGAUCUUUCGGGCGAGGUUAGAGUCGAACAAAUCUCGCGUAUUUUCAGCAGGAUGCUAAAGGAUGAAGACGGACUGGGUGCAGUUUUGGAAGUCAUAGUGCGACUCACAGCGUUUGACGUCGGAGCAGAGGUGAGAAGAAGUGAGCAAGAAGAGGAUGAAGGUGAAGAUGAAAUAUCCGAGGAUGAGAGCGCUGAGGGUACACAGAGAUCAAAUUCAAACUUGUGUCACCCCGCACUACAGCCCGCUCGGAGGGUGAGGAGGCUUUUAGACGGAAUCAAGUUUUUUGUUGUGUAUGCUGUGUUCUGCACGGAAGAUAACAACGAUCUUUUUGACGAGGAACACUGCGCGCCCAUGUGGCGUUGGAUCAAGAGCGUGUACAACGAGGUUAGGGCUGAGGAAAAAAUACCAACUAGAUUAUGACGUCAAGCUUUGUGAACCCGAUGGUGUGAUGUUUCCGGCAAGCUGUCAACAGAAGGUACAUCCAAGACUUUUAUUACGGAGUAAAAAGCGAGAUUGAUGAGUUGAUACAGGACCUAGACGAUAUAUUUUACAUGCCGAGCCCUCAGGAUGUUGGAGGGAUGAUUUUGGAUGAUCGAAGUCUAACUGUUUCCGAGAACAAGGUGAAAAAUUGUCGGUCACUGCUAAGUUUGAUUCCUGAGUAUGCAAAGAAACGACUGCUGCCACUGAAACGUCCAUCAUGCGCGCAGACUGAGGAGGCUAUCGUAGCAAUAGUUAUAAACACUGUUGAUAAAAUAACGGAGCUGUUAAUGUGGAUGAUUUAUUUUGCAAGUGGAUACUCGUAUCGGUUCCCAGAGUUGCAAUUACUCGCGUAUGCAGGUCCUACGCGUAAUGUGUUUGUGGACGAAAAAACAAGGUGUAUAGAAAUAUUCACUACGUACAACAAAUCGGGAACACAUUUCCCAUUGUUGAAAAGACUGGACAGGGUUACCUCCCAGUAUGUGCUUUACUUUCUGGCCGUACUGCGACAAAUGCAGAUACAUUUACUAGGUCCGCAGUGCGACAAUUUUACUCCGGCGCGCUGGAAGUUUGUGGAGGGAAUGGGAAUGGAUCAGAACCCUUCAGCUCAGGAAGUCACUUUCAGAGCUCUGUGUCGAUAUGUUUUUCUCAACACUGGUAAGGGACAAAUGGUUGCGUUCAGAGCGUUUGACAAGUAUCUACGUCGCAAGUACCCAACGACAUUCAGUUGCAAGCUAAGCUUCCAGCAAUUACGCCAGGGUAUGGUUGCUAUCUCGCGGAACUACGUAAACAAGAAUAUGACGAUAGAUCUUUACGAGUCAAUGGUACAGGAGAUAAUGUUUGGGCAUGCAGCAAAGACAAGUCUUCAGAACUAUGGAGUGGAUAGUUUUUCGUUGAGGUCUGUGAGCGGAACAACCGCAACCUACCUCCAAAGCCGCGCGUCCACCGAGUGGCUGGAAUGGAUAGGGUUUGAGCGGAUAACGAAAGUAGAAAAACCAAACAAAAUGCUAGAUGGGGUGCCUCGUUCGGUUCCCAUUAGAUGUCCUGACGACCUGAACACAGCCGGAAAAGAAGUGUAUGGAGACGAUUUCCAGUUUCGUAAAGGACAGUUUUCCGUGUGCGUAGAGAUGUACUUGUCAAACGUGCCCUCGCUCGCCAUAAUUGCCCCACCUGGGUACGGUAAGACGGUACUAUAUCAAGUGCCCAUGAAGGCGCUGCAAGCGAAGCCUGAUGUAAAGUACGUUUCCUUUGUGUGUGUUCCAUACACUGUGUUGGAAGCGGGAACACUAACGCGGAUGAGAAACGGGGGACUGCUAGCCAACAGUAUCAAGUUCUUUCUUGAGCGGGGUCAUGACGGUAUCUCUGACGUAUUCAUAGGAACAUACAACGACGUUGCGAGCAAUGAGUUUGCUUUACAGAUUCAGGGGUGGGAGUCCAUCUAUGGAUCGAGCCAGCAAGCGUCCACUCCACGCCUGGGGUAUCUUGUGAUUGACGAGUAUCACAACAUUGAGACCGAGGAGUAUAGACGAGAGACGUUUGAGCCCAUGAAAAAUGUAAACUUUAACAAGUUUGAAAAGGUGGUCUUUCUCAGCGCCACUGCGACAGAAUGGGAUAAUAGUAGGGCUGCGAUGUGCCGGUUGGGAUUCCCGGGGGUGCUUGAGGAUGGAGAGCACUUGGUUGCGGAGUGUGGCGAAAGUACGGCGUUGAUGAUGGAUUUCAAGACGAAGGUUAUCGACUUGGUGGACAAACCGCCGCUCGGCCAUAUCUAUAAGGAUAUAGUAACUUCCAAGAACUCGCCCAAGGAAGCCUUGGAACUACUAAAGAGUCUAUUUGCCCUUGAGCCGCAUGCCAAGGCUAUUGUAGCAGUGGGCCGCAGGGCCCUGGUGGAGGAGCUUGCAAUUGAGUGGAACAGAUAUUUCAACAUUCUUUGGAUCCACGGAGACUUGUCAUCGGAGGAAAAGACACGGCGAACACAAAGGUUUAUCAACGACGGGGGUAUGCGUGUACUCAUUGGAACAAAGCUUGUGUCCGAGGGAAUCGACGUUAAGGAGUUGCGAAUGGUUCUCAUUGUCGACUAUCUUCCACAGAUUGGAGAGUACAUCCAGUGCGCUGGGCGGUUGCGUUCCAACGGGUUCUGUUCACUGGUUUUGAAUAGCGACGAGCUGCCGCCACCAAGACAAAGGGAAGGGGAUGGUUCGAUGACAUUGGACUGUAUAACGUCACAGAUCCGCCAGUUCUAUGGUCUGGUCGAAGCCUCACCCGAACAUAUUGGUUGCUGUGAUAGAAUGGACGGCCUGGAGGCGGAUACAUGCGAUCUAUUUCGAAGGGUCAAGCUGGGAGUGUCUAAACGACCCUCCGAUGACCUUGCUGAUGAAACACAACCCACAAGAAGAGAUAUUAACAUCCAGCGAGAAAAGGCGUUUCUGCGAAGGCGAUUCUACGGAGUUAAUGGGUAUACCACGGUGUUUCAGUACUUGCAGAUGGGUACCGAACAAAUCAAACAUCUUAUACUGUACGGGGUGGAUAUCAAGUUUCUUCCACCGGGUGUGUUCCAGACCCGCGAUACCUGUUAUGGAUGCGAGCGGUAUCCCGAUGUGUGUUUGUGUCUGAACAACGGGCCCAAGUUGUCUCUUCGUGGUCUUGCAGUUGAGGCGCUAGCGUUCAAGAGAAUGAUAUAUUCGGACAGCGAUUACCGUAUGGUUAUAGACAAGAUAGUUCACACUCAACUGGACCUGGUUGCGUUCCUUAAGGAUUUUGACGAGCGAAAGGGGGAGCUGAUGGUGCGAUUCCGUAUGAAGUAUGCAAGUUACCUGGAGCUGCUAUCGUCGGGAAAGGUACUGAAGAUGAGUAGGGACGCGGCGUUGCGGGAGUACCGUUUGUACUCUGGAUUAGAAAUAAAGAGAAAAUACUUUGAGUUGUGGGACAAUCUCUGCGAGAGGCAGAUGAGUAUAUUGGAGUAUUUUGGAAAACAUGAGGAGAAGAAAAGCGCCGAGCUGUGGAGUGGGAACAAUUUCGAGGCGGUUAUCGAGAAUGAGAAUAGCGCUUGGGAGCUGCGGCGGACGGGACCUCUAGCGUAUGUUGGGCCUGAGUAUAUAUCUGCGCAGUUUGGAUAUCGUGCGCAGGAAAUCAAGAAGUAUGCGUACAGAAUGUCAUGGGAGAUGGAGCAGAGAGAAUCGUUGGGAUAUGACGGUAGCAAGACGCCGAGAUGGGAAUUAUACCUGAUGAUGCAGAUCGGGUUGUUUAACAAUGAGACGUUUCGACGAAAUUUCAUUGGGAGGUGCGGGAGGUCCCUGAAGUGA